UAUGAUCAACAAUAUAUCCAUCUCAAAUAUGGAAGCUAAGGCAAAGGAAUUUAAUGAGGUCAUACAGGAACAAUAUUAUCCUUGGUUUGCACAAUACAUGGUCAUGAAAAGGGCAAGCAUUGAACCAAAUUUCCAUGAUCUGUAUCUGAAGUUCUUUGAUAAAGUAAACUCAAAAUCCUUGAACAAGGAAAUACUGAAAGCCACAUAUGAGAACUGCAAGGUCUUGUUAAGAUCAGACCUUAUCAAAUCAAGUUCCGAGGAGCGCUCCUUGCUAAAAACCUAGGCAGUUGGUUGGGAAAGUUCACCAUUGGUAGGAAUCAGGCACUAAGGGCUAAGGAG